AGGUGCGGAACGCAGUGAUGGUGCUGGUUCCCGGCAGCUGUAAUCUCUCUGUCCUCUCCUGAAGCCAUGUCCGGCGCAAAGCAGCAAGUGUUCAUUGAAAAAGUACUGAAGAGACUCUAUCCUUCUGUUGCAAGUCAACAGCUUCAGUCUACAACAGAGACUUCUGCCUCAAAACCUGAACUAGAACCAAGUCAAGUCCGGCCUUCAGCAGAUGAUGAAAAUAAGAUUCAACCCAGGAAAAAAGUGUACACAGUAAACCUGCCACCUGAUGGAUAUGUGCCAUGUUCUCUAGAAUUUACUGAUAACAGAAAAUCAGAAAAGUCUGAUAGCACUGAUGACACAGAAGAAGAGAAUCCUCAAGAGCCACCAAAGAGAAGAAUUAAAAAGCGGAAACCAAAGAAUAUUUUGCAAAAUCCCCAUAAUGUCCAUGUAGAACAAACAAAAUUUGAAGAGAAUGAGAGUCAUUUACAAGAAAAAUUACAGCCACAGCAUACAGAUGGUCCACAAAUAAGCAAAAAUAAAAAAAGGAAACUGAAAAAGAAACAGCAAAAAGAAAGGAAGAGAGCAGCUGGCUUACUAACAAAAGCAACUGGCAUCAGUUUUACAUACCAGCCUGAAAGCAACAGUGAAGGAGAAGAUUUUAAAGAUACCAAUGAAAAGGCAGAUGGCAUCCUAGACUUCUUACAAGCAACACAAGAAAUUUAUUUCUCUGACAGUAAUUCUAAAUCUUCUGGUUCGACUGCCUGCUGGGAAACUAUCCAGGAGAUUUUGAAACAUCUUGAAUUUCAUCACAUAUCUUCCAAAGAUAUUAUACUUAUGCACCAAAUGAAAACUCUGGUACUUUUACAAGAUAUUGAAAGAUUGAAAGGUGCCUUGGAACUGUUCCAAGAACAAUGCAUGAUGCCUUCUGACCAUGCAAAAGAAAUUGCAACUCUUUUUCAUUACUGGAUUACAGAUAUACUUCCUAUAAGGUCUGGAUGCCCAUCUGUAAAGAGUUAAAAUUUAAUAAUAGGAAAAAAGCCUGAAAGAAGAAAUAUGAAAUGCCUGAGAAUUCUAAAUGCUGCAGUGGCCAAGUGAUUUUAAAAGAAAGAAGUUCCAUAUUUUUACAGUGUAAAUCAAAUAUUGUAAAUUGGUAAGAUGUAUCUGUUAUUUUGCUUGUGUGAAAUAAACAGUAGGUAUUAAGAUUUUGAAUGUUAAAAUCAGGAGAUUAGAAUUGAAAUGUUACUUAUACAUUUAUUUUUUCAGUGUAUAGGUAUUAAAUUAACAUUGAGAUUCUUUUUGCCCUAAAGGAAAUACAAAAAUAUACUUUGUGGAAUCAAAUCAACUAUUGUUUUGAAGCCAUAAUAAAUUUUUAAUUGUCUAGAUCACACUGAAUUUUAAAAUAUUUUUUAGAAAACUUUAUUAUCCCUAAUUUUUGAGAAUGUUUAAUGCCAGAUUUCUGUUGUGGAGAUUUUGAGGGGGACAGAGGCAGGGGAGUGAGUAGGACUGUGGAUUUUAAGAGCAUUUGCUUUGACGUGUUGGAAAAAGCACUAGAUAUAUGGAUUCAAAUUCAGAUUUUAAUCAAACGUGGUAUAGAUUAAAAUCUUUGACCCUACCCCUUAUUACUGUGCUUGUACUUUG